GAUUGCACACAAGCUCUGCUUGCAGUUUUCCCCACAGGCAUCUGGUUGGCCACUGUGAUAAAAGGCUGCUAGGCUUGCUAGGCCUUUGGCCUGGUUCAGCAGAGCUCUUUUUAUGUUCUUCCACCGUAUGGAUUCAGCUGUCUGCAAGAAGAUAACGGCAAAGGAUUUCUAUUCUCCAAGUCUGGGAUGCUGCCAAUGCAUAAGAAGAAUGAGUUUCCUCAGACAGGUCAGGCUUCUGCUAUGGAAAAACUGGAUACUGAGAAAAAGGCAGAAGCUUCGUCUUCUGGUUGAACUUGUGUGGCCUAUGUCCUUGUUUCUUAUCCUUGUCUGGCUGAGGAGCGCCAACCCACUCUAUCACCAACAUGAAUGUCACUUCCCAAACAAGGCGAUGCCCUCCGCAGGAACUCUGCCGUGGCUACAGGGCAUCUUCUGUAACAUGAACAAUCCUUGCUUCAAAAGCCCGACCCGUGGAGAGUCUCCAGGUGUCGUAUCAAACUACAAUAAUUCUAUUUUAGCAAGAGUGUACAAAGAUGCUCAAGAACUAUUGCUGAAUGCACAUGCAACAGAACUGGGCCAACUCUGGGAAGAACUACGCUCCAUGACCCAGUUUAUGGAAACCAUGAGGACAAAUCCCGAAAGGAUUGCAGGAAGAGGCAUCCGAAUCCAGGACAUCCUGAAAAAUGGGGAGAACCUAACUAAGUUUCUGCGUGAAGAUGUGCGUCUUCCUGACAUGGUGGUUCACCACCUGGUGAAUGCUCAAGUGAGACCUGAACAGUUUGCCUUUGGCGUCCCAGAGUUGACUCUGAAAGAUAUUGCCUGCAGCCAGGCCCUGUUGAAUCGCUUCAUUAUCUUCAGCAGUCCAGGGGGCUUCCAAGCUGUGCACCAAGCAAUGUGUGCCCUUUCCCAGGAGGACCUGCAGAAGGUUGAAGACUCUUUAUAUGCCAACACAGACUUCUUCAAGCUUUUCCAUUUGCUUCCCACCGUGUUAGAUGGCAAUGCUCAAGGUGCUGAUCUACAAAUGUGGGGACAAGUGCUUUCUAAUGUGUCCCAAGCCAUGCAAGAGCUGGCACGUAGGCCGAGUGUUCAGGACCUUUUAUCGAUCCUACAGCCACUUCUGCGAGAUGGGGAGCCUGUGUCCUUAUGGCAGCUGAUGAGUUCUUUGUCUGAUCUUCUCUGUGGCUACCCAGAGGGAGGGGGUUCCAGAAUAAUCUCUCUCAACUGGUAUGAAGACAAUAAUUACAAGGCCUUCCUUGGGGUUCACUCCACAAAGAAGGAAUCCACUUAUGUUUAUGACAACACAACCACUCCCUUUUGUAACACAUUGAUCCAGACUAUGGAAUCAAAUCCUUUAACCAAAAUAGCCUGGAGGGCUAUGAAACCAUUAUUGAUGGGGAAAAUCCUCUUUGCUCCAGAUUCACCUGCCGUUCGCAAGAUACUGAAGAAUGCAAAUUCCACAUUUGAGGAACUUGUGCGCCUCAGACUCUUGGCUAAAGCCUGGAAGGAGGUGGGACCCCAAGUGUGGAGCUUCUUUCAAGACAGUGUGCAGAUGAACAUGAUCCGGGACACUUUGCAAAACCCUACGGUGAAAGGCUUCUUAAAUGAGCUGCUGGGUUCUGAAGGUUUCACUGCAGAAGAUGUGAUCAAUUUUCUCUACAAUGGGCCACCAGAGAGAAGAAGGGAAGGCAUGGUGAACUUUGAUUGGAGGAAUGUCUUCAGUGUUGCCAACCAGGCUCUACAGAUGGUCCACGAGUACCUGCAGUGCUUGGCUCUUGAUAAAUUUGAAGGCCACGUGGAUGAAACCCAUGUGACUCACCGUGCUCUUUCUCUUCUGGAGGAGAAUAAAUUCUGGGCUGCUCUCAUCUUUCCUGAUCUGGACCCAAAAACCAUACUGCUGCCGCCUCAUGUCAAAUUCAAGAUUCGCAUGGAUAUAGAUUCAGUGGAGAAAACGAACAAAAUCAAAGACAGGUACUGGGAUCCUGGCCCAAGAGCUGACCCAGUGGAUGAUCUGCGUUACAUCUGGGGAGGGUUUGCGUAUCUGCAAGACAUGGUUGAGCAUGGAAUCAUCAAGACGCAGACUGGAGUUGAAGUGCCUUCUGGGAUCUACCUGCAACAAAUGCCCUAUCCAUGCUUUGUAGAUGAUGUCUUCAUGGUUACUCUGAACCGUGCCUUUCCCAUCUUCAUGGUGCUUGCUUGGAUCUACUCUGUCUCCAUGAUGGUAAAGAGUAUUGUGCUGGAAAAAGAAAUGAGGCUGAAAGAGGCCAUGAAGAACAGGGGGGUCACUAACGGGGCUGUCUGGUUCACCUGGUUCCUAGACAGCUUCAUCAUGAUGGCUGUGAGCACGUUUCUCCUGACGACUCUCAUUACGUAUGGCAGAAUUCUUCAUUACAGCAACCCCUACCUCCUGUUCCUGUUCCUGUUGACCUUCACCACGGCCAGCAUCAUGCAGUGCUUCUUGCUUAGCACCUUUUUCUCCAAGGCUAAUCUGGCAGCUGCCUGCAGUGGAGUCAUCUACUUUACCCUAUACUUGCCUCACAUCGUUUGCUUUGCCUGGCAGGACCGUCUGACUGUUAAGCUAAAGAUUAUGGCAAGCUUCCUUUCACCUGUGGCAUUUGGGUUUGGUACAGAAUACUUGUCACGCUAUGAAGAGCAAGGCCUUGGGCUACAGUGGGAUAACAUCCGAACCAGCCCACUAGAAGGAGAUCAAUACAGUUUCUUGUUCUCUAUGGAGAUGAUGGUUUUGGAUGGUUUUAUCUAUGGAUUGCUUGCUUGGUACUUGGAUAAUGUCUUCCCAGGAGACUAUGGGAUACCACGGCCUUGGUAUUUCCCUUUCCAGCAGUCUUACUGGCUAGGGUCAGGGCACCCAAAGGCUGAGAAAACAACAACUGUGGAUGACAAAGGUUCAGAGAAGGAAGGCAGCAUCAACAUGAUGGCCGAAGAAGAAGAGAUGAGAAAGACCAUGGCUGAUGAACCUGACAGGGGGGAAAACCAGGCAGACAGCCCGUUGAAGAAGGAUGGUAAAGAAAACAAAUGUAAACACAAAAGGAAACCAGAGUACAUCGAGCAGGGGAAGCCUGAAGCAGAGGCAAAAGGCAAAGAUGAAAUGACUACAAACUUGCACUUUGAAGAGGAGCCUUCUGGUCUGGUCCCAGGCGUGUGUAUUCAGAACCUGGUGAAGAUCUUCCCCGGUUGCUCUAAGCCAGCUGUUGACGGAAUGACUAUUACGUUCUAUGAGGGUCAGAUCACUGCUUUUCUUGGCCACAAUGGAGCUGGGAAGACAACCACAAUGUCUAUCCUCACAGGUCUGUUUCCACCUACAUCUGGAACAAUACUGGUUGGUGGGAAAGACAUCCAGACACACUUGGACUCCAUACAGCAGAGUCUAGGCAUGUGCCCUCAGUACAACAUCUUGUUCAAUCACCUUACCGUUGCAGAACACAUCCUGUUUUAUGCCCAGCUAAAAGGGAGAACCAGAGAGGAGGCAGAACUGGAAAUGGAAAUGAUGCUGGAAGACAUAGGCCUUCCACAUAAAAGAAAUGAAGAGGCUCAAAACUUAUCAGGUGGCAUGCAGCGAAAGCUGUCUGUCGCCAUUGCGUUUGUAGGUGAAGCAAAAGUGGUUGUCCUAGAUGAACCCACUUCAGGAGUUGAUCCGUAUUCCAGACGAUCCAUUUGGGACCUCCUGCUGAAGUAUCGUUCAGGGAGAACCAUCAUUCUGUCUACUCAUCACAUGGAUGAGGCAGACAUCCUUGGCGACCGGGUUGCUAUCAUUUCCCAGGGAAGGCUGCACUGCUCAGGAUCCCCUGUUUUCCUAAAGAAUUCCUUUGGUACAGGCUUCUAUCUCACCUUAGUCCGUAAAAUGAAAAACAUCCAAGAGAGUGGAGGAAAGGAGGCUACCUCUUGCAGCCUGGGAUCCAAAUGUUCAUGUUCCUGCUCCAGCUGUGUGCCCACAAACAAAGCCGAAACUGUGGAACAGGAACUGGAUGGUGAUGUGAAUGAACUAAAUGAACUGAUCCACCACCAUGUUCCAGAAGCCAAGUUAAUAGAAAGUAUUGGUCAGGAACUUAUCUAUCUUCUACCCAGUAAGAAUUUCAAACAGCGAGCUUAUGCAAGUCUCUUCAGGGAAUUGGAGGAAACCCUGGCGGAUGUGGGACUCAGCAGUUUUGGGAUCUCCGACACACCCCUUGAAGAGGUUUUCUUGAAGGUGACAGCAGAGGCUGACCCUGGAAUACAGAAUGCAGGAGCUGCACAGAACGAUGCUGCUGGACAAGAAGAGGGAGCCCACCAGACUGCUCCAGCAGCCAAUGGCACUUCUCGGAUGCCUGUGGCACAGGAAGGGGAUGGGAGUGGCGGGAAAGGAUUGAGGCAGAACAAAGGUUGCCAACUUACCUUUCAGCAGAUCAAAGCACUUUUCAUCAAACGAUUCCACCACAGUACACGUAGCUUUAAAGACUUCCUUGCUCAGGUAUGUGCUCCUCCAUUACAGUCACAAGGGCUUCUUCCCGGCCCAUGUGGGGCUGGGGGCAGCCUGUUUCCAUAUUGCCUGCAGAUUGUUCUACCUGCUAGCUUUGUGCUACUGGCUCUGAUACUUACAGUAAUCAUUCCUCCAUUUGGUGAAUACCCCAGUUUAACUCUCCACCCUUGGAUCUAUGGGCAUCAGUUCACUUUCUUCAGCAAUGAGCGGCCUGGCAGCGAGCAGAUGGUUUCUCUUAUUGACGCCUUCUUAAAUAAACCAGGAUUUGGAAAUCGCUGCUUGAAGAGAGAGACCCUUCAGAACUACCCUUGCGUUAAUGCAUCAACUGCCUGGAAGACACCAGCGGUCCCUUAUAACAUAGCAGUCCUUUUCCAAACUAAUAUGUGGCAUCCCCAGAACCCCUCACCAUCCUGCAAAUGCAGUACUCGGAAGAAACUCACCAUGCUACCUGAGUGCCCUUUGGGAGCUGGAGGACUUCCUCCCCCACAGAGAGCUCAGCGUAGCACAGAAAUUCUUCAGGAUCUCACUCAUCGAAAUAUUUCUGAUUUCUUGGUGAAAACCUAUCCCACCCUCAUAAGAAGCAGUUUGAAGAGCAAAUACUGGGUCAAUGAGAAAAGGUAUGGUGGAAUCUCCAUUGGAGGAAAACUCCCAGUACUGCAUGUCACUGGAGAGCAGAUUGUUGGUUUUCUGAGAGAUCUUGGUCAGAUGAUGAACAUAACAGGGGGUGAAGCAACAACGGCUGCCUCGAAAGAAAUGACAAAUUUUCUUAAGUACAUGGAAACUGAAUACAAUAUUAAGGUGUGGUUUAACAACAAAGGCUGGCAUGCCGUGGUCAGUUUUCUCAACAUAGCCAACAAUGCAAUCCUGAGAGCCAAUCUGCAGACUGGCAAAGACCCCGAGGAAUACGGCAUAACUGCUAUCAAUCAUCCACUGAACCUCACGAAGGAGCAGCUCUCUGAAGUCACUGUGUUGACCACUUCGGUAGAUGCUGUUGUUGCCAUCUGUGUGAUCUUUGCCAUGUCUUUCAUCCCAGCAAGCUUUGUCUUAUACCUUAUCCAAGAACGGAUGACCAAAGCCAAGCACCUACAGUUCGUCAGUGGUGUGAGGCCUUCUGUUUACUGGUUUACCAAUUUCCUUUGGGACAUUGUCAAUUAUGCAGUGAGUGCUGGCUUGGUAGUGGGAAUAUUCAUUGGUUUCAAAAAGAAAGCAUACACGUCCCCAAGCAACCUUCCUGCACUUAUCACAUUGCUGCUUCUAUAUGGAUGGGCCAUAAUUCCUAUGAUGUACCCAUUGUCCUGCUUCUUCAGUAUCCCAAGCACUGCCUACGUUGCCUUGUCUUGCAUUAACCUCUUCAUUGGUAUCAACAGUAGUGCCAUUACAUUCGUCCUGGAGCUCUUUGAGAACAACCCAGUUCUGCUGCAGUUCAAUAAAACAUUGAAAAAUAUCCUGUUAAUCUUUCCUCAUUUCUGCCUGGGUCGUGGACUCAUUGACUUAGCCAUGAACCAAGCUGUGACUGAUGUGUAUGCUCGGUUUGGGGAAGAACAUGUCUCGAACCCAUUUCGCUGGGAUUUUGCUGGAAAAAACAUGGUUGCCCUGGCGGUGCAGGGCGUCGUCUAUUUUGUUCUGAAUCUUCUGUCGCAACAUAGUUUCUUCUCUACAGGAUGGUUUGCCCAAAACAUGAUGAUGCCCAUUAUGGAUGAAGAUGAGGAUGUUGCAGAGGAAAGGCAACGAAUCAUGAAUGGCGGCGGCAAAAUGGAUAUUCUGAAAUUACAAGAACUGACCAAGAUUUAUGCAGGUAGACACACACCAGCAGUGGACAGACUCUGUGUUGGCAUUCGUCCUGGAGAGUGCUUCGGUCUCUUGGGCGUGAAUGGAGCUGGCAAGACAACAACAUUCAAAAUGCUGACUGGAGACACUCAAGUAACAUCUGGAGAUGCUGUAGUUGCCGGUCACAGCAUAUUGACUCACAUAUUUGAUGUUCAUCAAAACAUGGGCUACUGCCCACAGUUCGAUGCGAUUGAUGACCUGCUCACGGGGAGAGAACACCUGUGUCUUUAUGCCAAUCUGCGUGGUGUCCCAGCAGCAGAAGUUGAGAGGGUUGCAGAGUGGGGAAUUCAGAAGCUUGGUCUCCUGGUGUAUGCAGAUCAGUUGGCAGGCACAUACAGCGGUGGGAACAAGCGCAAGCUCUCCACUGCCAUUGCGCUGAUAGGCUGCCCUCCUUUAGUCCUGCUGGAUGAGCCAACUACAGGAAUGGACCCUCAGUCCCGACGCUUCUUAUGGAACUCAAUUGUCAGUGUGAUCAGAGACGGAAGAGCUGUAGUCCUUACAUCACACAGCAUGGAAGAAUGUGAGGCGCUCUGCACACGUCUAGCCAUCAUGGUUAAGGGAACCUUCAAAUGCCUGGGCACCAUCCAACAUCUCAAGUACAAAUACGGAGACGGCUACAUUAUCAGCAUGAAAAUAAAGGCCUCUAAACCUGGAUUGCCUCCAGACCUGAGCCUAGCUGAACACUUCAUAGAAGUGAACUUCCCUGGCAGCAUACAAAGGGAAAAGCACCAUAACAUGCUCCAGUACCAGAUAUGCGCCUGCUCGCUGGCCAAGAUCUUCCGGCUGAUUCUCUCCAACAAGGACAACCUGAAUAUUGAAGAAUACUCUGUCACACAAACCACCCUGGAUCAGGUUUUUGUGAACUUUGCUAAACAACAGAUGGAGGAUGAGGAAAUUCAUCUCCACCCUCGUGCAGCAGGAGCUAGUAGAGAGGUGAAGGUGACCCCUGCUUUCUAUCGGAAGACAACUGCAUAGAGAAGUUCUGCAACAGGUGAAGCAAACUCCACAAGAGCUGGGGCCCAGGCCCAAAACAGAAACAAGCACACAUGUUUAUUU